AUGGACUUUGCCACAAGAAGAUGGUUCUGCCUACCACUGGGGUGCAUGGUGCUCAUCAAUCUGGUUAAUGCCGAUUUUGAGUUUCAAAAGGGAGUGCUUGCCAGCGCCAGCCCCGGGAUCACGGAAGACAUUGAUCUCCAGUGCUGGAAUGCUUGCUCUUUGACUUUGAUAAGUUUCAGGGAACUCAAGAUAGAAUACAAUGUGGAUGCCUUCUGGAAUUUCAUGUUGUUCUUGCAGAAAUUCCAGCGUCCUAGACAUUACAAUGUCUUCUUAAGCAUAGCUCAGGAUUUCUGGGACAUGUAUGUAGACUGCUUGCUUUCAAGAUCUCACGGACUGGGCAGAAGACAGGUGAUGCCUCCUAAGUAUAAUUUUCCACAGAAGAUAGCAGGAGGGCUGGAUUUUACCAAACGUGAAUUUUACAUUUGAGAGAGAACAUGGAAAAUAUCUCCAGCAAGAUGACACCAACCUGAAAGUUUAACUGUCAGUAUUAAUGAGGUCAAGUAUUUCCUGUAGUGUUUAUCAAAAUUGUUAUUUCUAAUUUUUUAAUAUUGAUGGUUGUAUUUUUGUUGAUGUGUGUAAUUGCCUUAUGGCCAUUGAAUGAUCAUUUCCAUCUUUUCAGGUGAUUUGUUGUUUCUUGCUUACAAGGCAUCUUUGUAAAGCAUCUUUUAAAAAUUCCACUUAAAAUGCAAAUGUAACUUUUUUUAUGCAACAGUCAGUGGAGUAAAAUUGUAAUCAAUUUUAUAAGGUAUCUUAUACAUAACUUUGAUUUUAAAAUUG